AUGGCCCCGUCUGCCGUCACCAAUGGCUACGGCGGCAUGUAUCUUCCGGCGGACGGGAGUACGGACCCGGAACUCUCGAGGCGCGAAGAACGUCCCAAGGUGCUCAACAACCCGGCGGCAGGUGAUGUCACCAUACUCGAGCAACUGUACGGGACGCGGAAGAAGAUGAGGGUCGUCAUGCUCGGGGCGGGCAUGAGUGGGUUGAACUUUUUCAAGUUCGCCGAGGAGAAGCUCAAGAACGUCGAAAUCAUCUGUUACGAGAAGAACCCGGACAUCGGCGGCACCUGGUACGAGAACAGGUACCCCGGGUGCGCCUGUGACAUCCCGUCCGUCGCCUACCAGUUCCCGUGGCGGACGGUCCCCUGGACAAAGUACUACUCCCAGUCCAAGGAGAUUUGGGAGUACCUCAAGAUGGUGGAGCAGGAAAACAACUUUGUGGAAAAGUACGUCAAGCUGCAGCACAGGAUCGUGUCCCUCUCGUGGGACGACGGCGUCGGACAGUGGACGGUCCGGGUGAAGGAUCUCGUGUCUGGCCGGGAAUUCGAGGACCACGCGGACUUCGUCGUCGACGGAGGAGGGGUGUUGAACAAGUGGAAGUGGCCCGACAUUCCGGGCCUCCAGGACUUCAAGGGCACCCUGCUGCACUCGGCGCAGUACGACGAGCGGACGGACCUGACCGGCAAGAGGGUGGCGCUGGUCGGCGCGGGGAGCUCUGCGGUUCAGAUCCUCCCAAACAUCUACGACAAGGUCGACAGAGUGUACACCUGGGUCCGAACGAAGAUCUGGAUCACGGCCGGGUUCGCCCAGAACUUUGCCGGAAGGGACGGGGCGAACUUCGUCUACAACGAGGAACAGCGCCGGAUGUUCCAGAACGACGACGAGUACCUCGCCUACCGCAAAAUGAUCGAGGGCGAACUCAACCAGCGUUUCGGGUUCAUCAUCAACGGGACCUCGGCCCAAAAGGCCGCCCGCGAAUUCUCCGAGGGUGAAAUGAAGGCCAAGUUGAAAGAUCGACCGGAGCUGCUGGAGAAGAUCAUGCCGGACGACUUCUACGUCGGUUGUCGACGACCCACCCCGGGGAAUGGAUACCUCGAGUGCCUCGCCGGACCCAAGACCGUCCCAUACACCAAGCAACUGGGCCGGAUCACGGAAAAGGGCUUCAUCGACCCCGACGGCAACGAACAAGAGGUGGACGUCAUCAUCUGCGCGACGGGGUUCGACACUUCCUACAAGCCACGGUUCCCGCUCCUCGUCAACGGGGUAGACAAGGCUGAACAGUGGAAGGACAACCCUCACCCACACGUGCCUUCAUAUCUGAGCCUGGCCUACGCCGGCGUCCCAAACUACAUCCUCUAUGGCGGUGCAUACUGCCCGUCGGCCCACGGGUCCUUUUUCCCGCUCAUCGCGGCUUACGUCAAUUAUACGAUACAGGUGAUUGAGAAGAUGCAGAUUGAGAACAUUCGCUCAAUCCGGCCCAAGGAGAAGGUGGUGGAGCAUUUUAUGAAACAUGCCGAUACGUUCCUCAAGAGGACAGCCUGGACCGGACCGUGCAGCUCGUGGUUCAAGGGUGGUAAGAAGGACGGCAAGCCAGCCAUCUACCCAGGAUCUCGGUUGCACUUUUUGCGGCUGCUGGAGAAACCACGCUGGGAAGACUUUGACAUUGAGUACGACCAGGAAGGAGACAUGUGGAGUUUCAUGGGCAACGGAUUCCAUGUCUGCGAACGAGACGGUAGUGAUAUUACCUGGUACAUGGGCCACCCGAAGCAAGAGGUGGACGAAGAAAAGGUGAGGAGGAUCAUGGACGGUACGAAGGGCAUCGAAGUUGGCAUCAAACGGUGA